AUGAGCGGUGAGAGGCCGGAGGACCCCCACUUGGCUCACGACGUACACUGCAUCUGUAUAGUGGUGGCCAGAAUAAAGGAUAUCAUCAUCCGCGGCGGUGAGAACCUGUUCCCUGUGCAGAUCGAGAACGUGCUGAGCGCGCACUCGGCGAUCCGUGAAGCGGCCGUAAUCGCAGUGCCGGACGCGAGAUUUGGCGAGGUGGUCGGGACAUGGAUCGUGCGGGAGCCGCAGAGCACGAUGUCGAAAGCGGAGGUGCGGAAGGUGGUGUCGACGGGGAUGAACCCACAGAACGCGCCGGCGUGGGUGUGGUUCCUGGGGGAAGAGGGUGUGGCCGGAGAGAUACCGAAGACAGCGAGCGGGAAAGUGAUGAAGCACGUCCUGCGCGAAUGGAGCCGGGAUCUCGCCAAGAAGGGUGUGGGGAGAGUGGUAGCCUGA